AUGAUAAAGCUUAUACGUCAGUUAUAUUUUCUAACUUUGGACAAUAUUAUGGUGAAUGUUAAGCUUGUAAACGCAUGUAUAAUGGAUGAUAGAUCCAAUCCAUUAACUGAGAAAGGUUUUCUUCUAUUAGAGGAUAAAAAUGUAUCAAAUUUAACAGCAUUGGAAAAAGAUGUACAACAUGGUGGUUCGAUUUAUUUUCUACUGCAGCCGGGAGAGAAUGAAGAAACUAAUGGUCAAAUUUUAAUGGUACAUGAUAGUGAUCUUUAUUUUGAAACAUAUAAUUAUGCUGAUAAAUUAAUGGGUAUAUGUUUUAUGAAUAAAAAUAAUAAACAUAAUUAUCUUCAAAAAUUACAAGAAAAUAUGGGAAGAUAUUUAACAGAUAUAAAACCAUUUUAUGAUAUACAAUUAUGUUGUGAUUUUAUAUUGAAAAAUACUGAUAGAAAACAAAUACAAUAUAUUUAUGUUUAUAUUGAUGCUGAUAAUAAUGACACAGAUAAAGAUCAGCAAUGGUCUAAAUCAUAUACGAAACUUCGUGGUAUUUUUCAUAAUGAGUCAACAUUAAACAAAAAAUUGAAGGAUGAUAUUAAUCAUUAUUAUCGACAAAAUAUCAAUGUUGAGAUUUUAUCAAUUGGAAUAAAUGCACUAUUAAAUUUUGAAGAUAAUACGGCAACAUUUAAAUGGUAUUUUUUGGCUACACAUGUUUUACUAGAAACAAAUGAUCAAUAUGAUCAUUCAAAAUCAGAAAUGUUACAUAUAUUACGAACAUAUUAUGGUAAAGAAAAUGAAUAUUAUUUAAAACAAUUAACAGAUUUCGAAAAUAAUUAUACGAAAUCAGAUGCUAUUAAAUGGUAUACCAAAAAUGGUUUUAUGUAUCGUAUGGUUAAUCGUGCUUGUUGUACACACGAUAUUGAUGCUUUAUUUUUAAUUCGAUUUUUUAUUAAAGAUCUUCAUCAACAAAUAGUUGAGAUGCAUAAGGAAUUAAAAGAAACUUUGACUGGACCAAUUGUUGUUUAUCGUGGUGUAAGUGAACCAUCAUCAGAGGCAAUUGAACUAUUGAAACAAAAAAAAUUAAUAUCAUUAAAUGGUUUUGUUAGUUGUACACUUGACAAACAUGUAGCAUUAGGUUUUGCUAGUCCAUCAUCCGAUCGUGUCUGUUUACUAAUGGAAAUAUUAAUUGAUAUUGAAAAAGAUACCACACAAUUUGCUUCGAUCAGUUCCGUUAGUGAAAAUCCAGAUGAACAAGAGAUUUUAAUUACAUUGAAUAGUAUUUUUUCUGUAAAUGAUAUAUAUUACAGUGAGACAACUACAGAAAAAAUUUGGUAUGUUAAAUUAUCAUUAGUUGAUAAAAGUGAAGAUAAAAUAUUGAGUUUAUUCGACUCGGUAAAAUUACCAUCAUUCGGUUUACAUAUUCUAGAAUUAUCAGCAAGUACACAAAUUGGACUUUUAUUAAUGAAGAAAAAUGAUCAUGAAAAAGCCAUAAAAUAUUUUGAAAAAAAAUUGGAAGAAAUAUCAGUUGAACAUUUUGAAUAUCCAACGGUAUUGACUUAUCUUGGUAAUGCAAAAUUUUUCCUUGGACAUAUAAAAGAAGCUAAGCAUUUACAUGAACGUGCUCUUUCGAUUGCAUUAAAUGCACAGCUCUCACUGAAAUAUAUAGACAUAAUAAUAGAUAUUCUAACAGCUAUGGUUCAUAUAGAAUUAACGAAGAAAGAUAAACAAGAUGAAACCAAUUUAACAGAAUGUUAUUUAGGCGCUAUAGGAUUGAUGCAAGCUUAUAGUAGUAAUGAAAUCUAUGAAAUAACGAAUUUAGUUAUUGGGCGUAUUUAUCAACUACUAUCCGACGUAUACAUACAUCAGAAUUCGUUUGCUCAGGCAGAAAGUUAUUCCAAAAAAGCAAUCGGAUCCUUUUCUAUGAAUAAUUUUCUUAAUAAUCGUAGUAAGACUUUUUUAUGUCAAACCUAUCUUCAACUGGCAUCUAUUCACUAUGAAUUAAAAAAAUUUUCUAACAUGUAUGAUAUGUGUCUAGAAUCAUUGAAAGCUUUUACUGAACAAACUAAACAAUUACAGUUACGCAUCCGUACAUAUAAUGGGAAAGAAUCAUCAUUCGAAGUUGGUAUAUAUUCUAAAUUGGGAGAUGCUUGUCGUGAACUUAGUAAACAUAAAGAAGCAAUUGAAUAUUAUGAAAAAGCCAUUGAAAUUGAAAUAAAAGAACAAAGUCCAAAUAAUAAUUUUUUACAAGGUACAAAAAUGAAUAUUGGUUUAGUUAAUGAACAAAUGAAUAAUUAUGAUGAAGCUAUAGGCAUGUAUAAACAAGCAAUUGAAAUUAUUUUAAAAACAAAAAUGGCUGAUGAUCCUUGUUUAUGGAAACUUUAUUUAUAUAUGGGUCUAUGUUAUAACUCUAUGAAUAAUAUUGAAGAAUCACUUAAUUAUUUAAAAAAAGUUGAAUUAAUUCAUCAAACAAUAAUUAUUAAAAAUUAUAUACCUCUAUAUCCAUAUAUAACUUCGUUAUAUUUUACAUUUGGUGAAUGUUAUGUAUAUUUGGAGAAUUAUCAAUUAGCUAUUGAUUAUUAUGAAAGAGUAAUUUCAAUUGAAGCUGAAGGUAAUCAAAUCAAUUAUAAACGUUUAGAACAUAUUUAUAAAACUAUAGUUAAAUGUAUUAUUGAAUUAAACAAUAAUGAUGAAAAAGAAAUUACAUAUGUUGAAAAAGAAACUAUAUAUAAUAAAAAAGCUUUUGAAAGUUAUAUUAUGAGGAUGGACAUCUCAACUCGCAAUAGUGAAUGGAAUAUCAAUACAAAUAAACUAAGUGAAUAUUAUUAUUAUAUGGCAUGGUAUUAUUGUAAAACGAAUAAAUUUGAAUUAGCAUCAUUCUGUUAUGAACGAGUAAUUACUACUGCUAUUGAUCAAAUGAAUUAUGAUCUUUUAGGUGCCUUAUACUAUUAUCUUGCUAAUGUUUAUCAGAAUAUGGAAAAUUUUGAAAAAGCUAUUCUAUUUUAUAAAAAAUCUAUUGAAAUCAUUUUUGAAAACAAUAUAGAUGAUGAUGGUGAUAAUUUUGUAAUUCCAGCAUAUUGUCAAAUUGUUAUUAUUUGUCAACAAAAUAAGAAUAAUGAAGAAAGUGUUGAAUAUUUAGAAAAGCUCGAAUAUAUUUACAAAAUAAAACGAAAUAAUAAUAAUAAUAAUAAUACAGUAAACAUGGACUCUAAUAUGAUUGCAGUUUAUAAUUAUCUUGCAAAAAUUUAUGAAUAUGAAGAACAAUAUCAAUUAGCUGUUCAAUAUUAUGAAAAAAUUAUUGAUAUUGAACUUAAACAAAAUAAUUCCGUAGAUAAAUUAUAUAUCCAUUGUGGUGAUAUUAUUGGUAGAAUUGGUGAUUACGAAAAAGAAAUUGUAUUUUACAAGAAAGCUUUGGAAAGUCUAUUAAAAACAAUAUCAUCGGAUGAUCAAAGUUUAUGGGUAUUGUAUUUAGCCAUGGGAUCAGCAUAUCUACUCAAUAAUGAUAUUCAACAAUCAAUUGAAUAUUUAGGAAAAGUUGAAGUUGUGUAUAAUACUGAUAAUAAUUUAAUGACAAAUGAUGCUAUAGCAAGUUGUUAUGGUAAUCUUGGCGCGUGUUAUAAACUAAUGAAUGACUAUGAAUUAUCAGCUAAUAAAUCAUCCAUAAAGAAUGUCCGAUAA